CAAAAAAAUUAAGCUUCAAAAGGGCUCUUCUUUUUUCUUGAAGAGCAGAAUCAAGAAUGGUGAUACGGCGCUAUAAUCCCCUAUCCAUGUUCUCCUCCUCUGUCUUCAUCCCAUUUCCCCGGCAGCAGUUUUACAGAUGCAAUCUUCCAAUAUUCACUCAAUCUCUCCAACCCCACAUUCUCCCUUCCCUUCUUUCUACCACCACCACCUCCACUCUCGGUAGACAUUUCACCCUUUCAUUCUAUUCCAACAGUGCUCAAACCUCCACUGAUGACUCCCCUGAUGAACUGCAACAUCAGCUAUCCAAAUCUAAACAAUCCCCUUUGAAACCAGGUUUGUAUCUCGUGGGAACUCCAAUUGGAAAUCUUGAAGAUAUUACUCUCAGGGCUUUGCGGGUCUUGAAAUCGGCAGACGUGAUUCUUUCGGAAGAUACAAGGCACUCUGGAAAACUGCUACACUAUUACAACAUUAAAACUCCUCUUCUCAGUUAUCACAAGUUUAACGAGUCUCAAAGAGCACAAGCGGUGCUGAGGAAAUUACAAGAUGGUGAAAUUGUCGCCUUGAUCAGUGAUGCUGGCACACCAGGCAUCAGUGAUCCCGGAAUGGACCUGGCUAAGCUGUGCGCGGAUAAAAAUAUACCUGUUGUUCCCAUCCCUGGGCCUUCUGCUGUGGUAACUGCUCUUUCGGCCUCUGGCUUACCCACGAAUGAGUUCUCAUUUGUUGGUUUUCUUCCAAAACAUAAUUCUUCGAGAAAGGAAAGGCUGAUACUUUCAGCAAAUGAAUCUGCCACACAAAUCUUCUUCAUUCCACCUCACAAGCUUUCUCAAUUUCUUGAAGAGGCUGCUGCUAUAUUUGGUGAGAGUAGGCAGUGUGUCAUGGCUCGGGAGAUGACCAAAGUUCAUGAGGAGUUCUGGCGUGGAACCAUCAAUAAAGCAAAAGAAGCAUUCUUGGCACACCAACGAAAGGGUGAAAUUACUUUCUUAAUUGAAGGCAAAUCGAUCAGUACAGAUGAGGGCCCAUCAGAGUCCCAGCUGGAGAACGAGUUGAGAGAGCUGAUUUCGGAGGGACAUUCUCUUUCAAUGGCCGUCAAGUUGGUAGCAAGUGGAAAAUUGAUGAAACGAAAAGCAAUAUAUUCUCUUGCAUUGAGGAAAUUCGGAGGACAACUAGAUUCAGAGGAUGACUAGACUAACUCUAUCCGUUUGAUAUUUUCUCCAACUGCUUUGAUUAGGAAAGUUCUGCUAUCUUCCAUGUCCGUAUGAUAGCUGAGUGCAAGUUAAGGCAAAGGGAGUGCAGCACACUAUAGUACUGAAUUCUUGUUAGAGAGGGGUUAUUUUAUACUAAUGUGGAUACCAUGGAGCUAAAAACUUCUUUGUUAUAGGAAAAUGACAUGAAAUUUGGUAAGAGAGCAACUUGUUCCUAUAGUAGCAAGCAAUUGUUUGUUAAACAGUCUAUAGUCUUAGUCACAUAUAUCACAUCUGAUUAGUUUUUCUUCUUCUUAUUGUUACUCUAUUGUACUUGGGGCUGCUACCUCGUAUCUGUCAACAUUUUUCAAUUAGUUUUUGUACAAAAUCGCGCGCGCUUGGUGCACAUCAAGUAGUUUUAUUUCUAGUCUUUGUCAAGUGCCAUUUUGGUUAUUGAAUUAUUAGUGAACAGUCAGUUUUAACUCAUCUCCUCAU